AUGGAUAACGAAGUGUUGACACAAAUUGUUCAUGCAUUGGAAACCAUACAUAAUCAUGUUAUCACAAAUGAAAUAAGAAUUAAAGCUCAAGAGUAUUGUAAUUCAAUCAAAGAACAUCCACUUUCGCCGAUUUAUGGAAGAUAUUUAGCACACUUAGAAAAUAAUCAAUCUGAUGCAGUACGUCAUUUUGGGUUACAAUUAAUAGAACACGCAAUUGAAUUUAAAUGGAAUGAUGGAACUUAUAAUGAUGAUGAAAAACAACAAAUCAAGCAAGCUGUUAUUCAGUUAAUAGAAGGGGGACUUCAUGAUAUCUUGAGAGAACAAUCAUUCAUUAAAAGUAAGGUUGCAAAAUUAUUUGCCGAUAUAGCUAAAAAAGAAUGGCCAAUAAGAUGGGAUGAUAUGGAUCAAUUAUUACAAGGGUUUUAUAACAAAAGUCCGACCACACAAGAAAUUACGUUAUUGAUACUUAGUUAUUUGGCAGAAGAAACCGAGACUCGUGAUUCGUUGCAAUGCGUAAUCGUAAGCUCUAAUGUGUUGAGAAUUCAAUAUCCUAACGGGGUAAAAAGCGAAGGAGGGCGAAAAGGAAAAGUCACCAUUAUGUUUGGUGAUGAUCCAAAUAAUGAGGGAUGGUUAAUUCGGUGGAUAAGAAGUUUGGAACAAAUCGUUGGCGAAUGGCAACGUCAGAAACAACUGCAAGAUCCAAAUCCACAAACGAUUAUAAUUCAGGAAAAAUUAUCAACCGCUAUUUUAAAUACUUUGGCUACCACUUUGGAUUGGAUCCUUACAAGAUCAAUCGUAGAGUCAAACGUUGUGUUGAUGCUUUGUAAUUGUUUGUUGAUUGAUUGCUAUGAAAUAAGAAUGAAAGCGAUCGAGUGUCUUGCAAUAAUUUUUUCACGAAGUUUAGGAGCAGAAGAUCGCACUAUUGUUCUUGAACCAAUAUUUGAUGGGACGUGUCUGGAUUUAUUACAUAAUGCAUAUAACAAAAUACAACCUCCUGGACAGGAACUCUUAAUAGAUGAUGAUGAAUACUUGUAUUUGAAAAUGUUUGCUGAGGCUAUAGCUGGAUUGGGAGAGAAACACAUUUGUCAUAAAAAUAUUUCAGCAAUUCCAACACAAUUUCCAAAGUAUUUAGAAUUAAUUUAUUUAAUUUCAAAUUUUCCAUCAAAUAUGUUUGCAUCUAUAUCGUUAACAUUUUGGCAAGCUGCGAUAAAGAACAAUUGUACCUCGAAGAUAAUCAGCGAACAAAAGGGAUUGCCAAUAAUGUUGAUGGAAUUAUUUACUAAGCGAUUUUCGAAUGCACUCCAUUCUUCAGAACCCGUCGAUAGUUCUGCGUUACAUUACAAUGACCUUGAUUUUGAUUCAAUGAAUGAUCGUCGAAUGUUUGAUCAAUCAUUACGCUAUAAAAUUGUUGAACUAUUUAAAAGCGUUGCUUUAAUGCAACCAAUUGAAAUUUUUAGUUGGAUGGUUAAUAGGAUACAAGUUACUUGUAAUGUAAGACCUAGUAAUGAAGAUUUAGAUGUUGACGGAGUAUUAAGACUUGAUUCUAGAUUUUAUGUAACAUUUGAGACUGAAAUGACUUUAGUGGAAUCAAUUGUUAUUGGAUUAGGAAUAUUAAUUAAACAACAAAGUGACGAAGAGGUUGAGAAUGUCAAUAAUAAUGAUAGAUUAUUAUUAAGGGGACAGAUUAUGAAUGGAAUGAACAAUUUAUUACAAAUGUUAUUGAGAAUUGAAUAUGAGGAUUUAUCAAUGAUACACAGAUACUUGGCAGCAUUAGCAGCAUUCGAAGAAAUUUUACAGAUUGAUUCAAAUUUAUUAUUUCAAGUUUUACAGAAGAUGUUUAAAUUUGCGUUAUUUUGUCCACCAGGUUAUAGUAUUUCGUCGAGUUCUUCAUUUCCUCCGCCAAUCAUGAAAUUAAGAGUUGGAGCUGUUACUGCUUUGAUUAGGUUUGGAGUUGUUAUGCCUGAUGUUUUAAUGGGCAUGUACUCCGAUAUAUCUAACCAUAUAAAUGAGAUAAUUAGAAGUGAUAAACGUUUAGUUACCGGAAGAGAGAAAGGUCAUUUUAAAGAAUUUUUAUUAUCAAUUAUAUACUUCUCAAAAGUUCCGUUCGAGCAAAAGCAGCCAUUAUUUGAUUCGAUAAUUGGAUCGGAUAUUGGUGAAUAUAAUUCUCCGUCUUUAGUUGGUUGCAUAGAAUCAAUUCAAAGAUUCAUGGAUAAUAUUGGUCUGAAUUUUUUAGCGACAGUUGUUAAUGGAAUGAAACAUAAUGGUGUAAUGAAUUUAAAAAGUCCAGUAUUUGAGAGAGAAGAUAUCAAGGUAUUUAAAUCUAAAAGGAAUAAAAUAGCUUGGUUGUUAAUCGUUACGUUGACUUGGUUAAGGCGAACCACGGACUUUUCAUCCAAGAAGAAAAAUGAUACGGCAAUGAAAGAGUCAUUGAAGUUAUGGCAACAAUAUAUACCUUUUAUGUUAACGUUCAUACUAGGUUUUAUAAGGAUGUUACAUCAAGUUUGGAAUGUUGAAACAUGGAGAGAAAUUCCUGUAGAAUUACAUUCUAUCAUAUUAUUCUCUAAAGAAGAAAAAGCUAAGGUCAUAGGCAUGCAACAAAAAAUUACAACGGUAGAUUCACAAUAUUCAAUUAAUGGAAUGAUUGAUAACAUUAAAAAAUGGCUUGUAAGUGUCAGAAUUGAUAGUUAUUACAUACUUGGUCGAUUGCCAUUCCUCGGCCCUGAUUUCUACACGGUAUUACCAAACAUGACUGAAUUAAUAACCCAGUCCUUAUUUGAGAAUGCCGAUAAUAUUAAUAAUAUUCAUUGGAAAAUGUUAUUAAAUAUCCUUGAUUCUUUUAAGGAGAGGAUUCUUUUUUAA